AUGAAGAAAAAUCGAGCUCCAACUAUUGGCAUUGAUCUCGGAACUACUUCCUCCUGCGUUGCAGUAUUUCAGAAUGGGAGAGUCGAAAUUAUCCCCAGUGAUAUGGAAAAUCGAACAAUGCCUUCCUAUGUUGCAUUCACUGCCUGGGAACGCCUCAUCGGAGAAGCUGCUAAGAAUCAAAUUGAAAUGAACCCUUCCAAUACAGUAUUCGAUGUGAAGAGGUUGAUUGGGCGGAGGUUUGAUGAGGUUUCAGAUCAGAUCGGCAAGAAUCACUGGCCCUUCACUGUCAUAAAUAACCAUGGAAAUCCCAGGAUUCAAGUAUGCCACAGAGGAGAGGAACGUGAACUAUGCCCCGAAGAAAUAAGUUCAAUGGUGUUGACCAAGUUAAAGGAAGCUGCCGAAGUUUAUCUUAAUGAUUCUGUCACGGAUGCUGUCGUGGCUGUGCCUGCUUACUUCAAUGACUCCCAGCGACGUGCUACCAAAGAUGCAGGGACAAUUGCCGGCUUGAACGUCAAACGAAUCAUUAAUGAGCCCACUGCAGCUGCUGUUGCAUACAGUAUAGACAAAAGAGUUCAAGGAGAGUGCAACUUCUUGAUUUUUGAUAUUGGUGGAGGUGCACUUAAUGUCUCCAUCAUAACCAUAAAAGAUAGAAACAUCACCGUGAAGUCCACUGCUGGUGAUGCUCAUCUGGGGGGUGAAGACUUUAACAACAUCAUGGUCACCCACUUUGUUCAGGAGUUCAAGGAGAAGUUUCAUAAAUAUGUGGGAGAAGAUCAGCGCGUCAUACGUCGUCUAUAUACAGCAUGCGAACGUGCUAAGCGCACUCUCUCUUCAACCAAGCAGGCAUCAAUUGCCCUUGACUCUUUUUAUGAAGGUAUCGAUUUCCGGACCUCCAUCACACGCUCCCAAUUCGAGGAACUCAAUGCGGAUCUCUUCCAGCGCACAAGAGAAACAGUGGAAAGGGUAAAUGAUUGGGCAACUAUGAAUUCUUGUGGCACCGUCCACAAAGAUGGCAUUGAAAUUCAUUAA